AUCGAAGAAGAAGCACAGGCUGCAGCAGGCUACCGCUCCUCUGUCCCCGCCGGGCUGAUAUGAGCCUUUAAUUAACAGUUAAGACAUCAAACCGGAUGCCUCUAUGAUCCAGCUAACCUUACAGCGACAUAUACAGUGUUCAGUUUGCACAAGAGGUGAGUCAUGGCUGAACCGAACCCCUCCCGCCCCCAAAGGAAGAUGUCCACCGCUGGGGAGAGUGUGUACAAGGUGCUAGGGCUGGAGAAAGGAGCCACAGCUGAGGACAUCAAGAAAGCGUACAGGAAACUAGCGUUGAAGUACCACCCAGAUAAAAACCCCGACAACCCGGAGGCAGCCGAGAAGUUCAAGGAGAUUAACAACGCCAACUCCAUUUUAAAUGAUGAGACCAAAAGGAAAAUCUAUGACGAGUACGGCUCCAUGGGGCUUUACGUGUCGGAACAGUUCGGAGAGGAGAGCGUCAAAUAUUACUUCCUCAUGUCCAAGUGGUGGUUUAAGGGUCUGGUUCUGUGCUGCACCAUGUUCACCUGCUGCUGCUGUUGCUGCUGCUGCUGUUUCUGCUGCGGGAAGUGUAAACCACCAGAGGACGAUGAAAACUACCAGUACGUCGACCCGGAAGAUCUGGAGGCUCAAAUCAAAGCGGAGCAGGACGGAGGUUACACAGUAAUCAUAGGCCAGCCACAAUCUAAUCUGGGUCCAGAAAGCCCCGAGGGCCAGAGUCAGCCCAUCCCUCUGCCAAUGGCCAUGCCUGCACCAGCUGAGCCCCAGUCAGCGCCAGCAGCCAGUCCAGCCGGGGAGGAGAACCCCGGAGAGACCCUCCCAGAGUCGAAAUGACUCGAAAGUGACGGCGCGGAUAAGCCCCAACAAGCGGAAGCAG